ACCGACAUUCAAUUAAAUAUGUUGGUUUAUUUUUAGAAUGUAUAUUGUUGUCUAAAGUCGACGUAAUACACUUCAGUUGCUCUUUCUAAUUCUAUCAAAAUGUAGUUUAAAGUUGUUAGAAUUUAAAUCAGUAGUUUAGUGCUAUUAUUCAUCACUAAUUUUGUCAUAAAUGUCGAAAAUAAGUGAACAGCUCUCCUCGGCUGUUCUGGAGAAGAACAAGUUGUGUACAAAGUUCUUAAAGGCAUAUAAGAGGAAUCUACAGUGGAAUAUACUGCAAACAUGGGAGUCUUGGAACUACAUAAAAACACUAGAUGAAGAUUUUGAGAUAUGUGAACCUUUAUUUCGCCCUUGUUGGCGGAAUUCUUCCUCAGAAGUGGACUUAUUCUUUGCAAGUGAGAGUGAUACUUCAGGCAUUCUAUCAUUUGAAAACAAGGAUCUUGAAUUUUUUGAUGAUAAAGAACUUUCAGAACUUAAUCGUUUGAUCCAUCUAUUUUUGGACUUGUCUGUUCCAUACUUUUCAUAUCCGCAAAUUCAAAAUCUCAUGGAUUUUUUAAUAUACAAGUAUGAACUUACAGUGAGAUAUCCUGAGCAUGCUAUAAUAAAUUUUCUGCAAUAUCACGACACAGAUUACUUCUUUAAACUUUUGUCAUUAUCAACACUUCCAAAGUCCAGUGAUGUUUCUUAUUUUUAUGCAAACAAAGAUAAAAAGUUGACACUACACAAUCAUGCAGGUGUUUCAAAACAUGUGAUAGUGGAUGGAAUCAUAAAGUUCUUUGGGAACUAUAAAAAAGUUGUCCAGUCCGUUAACUCUGUUGUGUUGGAACGAAUGAAAUACGAAAAAAAUAAAUCAUAUAUUGCAUUUUACAAUAUAUUAACACUUUCUGUAAUUGAAUCAAAAGGAAAAACUCUUAGUGAAGAUGAAAUACGUUUCUUUUUCAACACUGCAGUAGAUGGUCUGAAGAAAGCUGAAUAUUUAGAAUAUUACAAUACGCAAUUAUGCGCGCUAGCUUUCAUAUCUGCCAAAACCUCUCUGAAUAUAUCCACCCAGAGAGCUUUGUUAACAGCAAUACUGGAACCGCUACUUUUAAAAAUUAAGAACAAUAAAAUACCAUUUUAUCUUCGAGUUGCGAUUAAAAAUGCGAUGGUGCUAAUUUCUAUACUGCUUGGGCAUCAAAAGGAUCGAAUCAAUAUGUUACCUGAAGCUGUUCUGGAGACAUUCUUCAGGGUAUGUUCAUCUUCUGAUGUCAUACUGAAGGCCUUAUUAUCACCUACUUCAUUUGGUAAAAUGAUCGACUUUUCUAGACUCUGUAAUAUUAUUUUCCAGUCUACCUUAAAAAUAAUGAAAACUAACCUAAAAAUUACCUCCAUAUCAAAUGAAUUUGAUUCAAAAGACGAAACAUUAGAGUAUAGUAACUUAUUUUCCGCUAUUAUAAAAAACAACAAUGUAGGUUUGUACUAUUCUAAGAUAUUUUUUUUUAACGUUAUGGAUGAAUUAUCAAAAUUAUUCGCUACAAGCUAUGGUCAUGGAGAUUUGUUAGUUUCUUAUAAUAAAUCAAGCACUGGCGAUAUAGUAGAAGUUUUCAACAAAAAAUAUACUACUGUGCUCUUUAUUUUGCGACUAAUUUUAAAGGUUUUGAAUAAAACGCACAAAUCUGAUAUGGAGAUACUUGUUGAUAGAUAUAUAAGCAAAUCACCAAAUUUCAACUCUGUAGAUAUGUUGUUAUUUGUUUCAAAAUCGAUAUUUGACAAUUUUGGAUUAAUAAGGUUGAAUAUUAUGGGUACUAUUCCUAAUAACCAGAGUUUUCUAUUGCCAUCAAGAGUGACCAGGAAUAAUAUUCACCAAGUAUUAUCAAUGUAUAUGGAUGAUACAUUGCCACAUGAAAUACGGCUUAAAAUGUAUAAGCUUAUUGUUAAUUCAAUAACUGGAGGCUAUUUUAUUCCUGCGAGUGAAAAUGAUGAUGAAUAUCAUUCUCUCGUUAGCCAGUUUUUUUCAGUUACUUUGAGAUAUGAAGAUCUAUUUGGUUUUCACUGCUCUGACCAAAAAAUAUGGAGUUAUAUAUCAAUAAAACAUUCCAUUGUUGUAUUAUUAACGUAUAUUCAGGGUCUGUUGGACGAUAUAGACAAAAAAAUAUCAUUUGAUGUUGUGUUUACAGUUGAAAGAGCGCAGGAAAACAACUAUAGUAUUGAUGUUUCAGGGCUGUUUAGUGCCUAUGCAUUAGGGUUUUCUUGCAAUGAUACCAGUUGGAGGAAUCUAUCUCAGUCUCUCUACCUAUUGUUGGAUUUUGAUGGGAAAGCAUCAGAUGAAGAGGCGAAUGUUAUAAGCGACUCGAUUACGCCAUUUAUUAUAUUACUGAGGAACAUAACUAGUGGAAAAGAAACCAUGACAAAUAUUUUUGAAAUAUGUGAACGCUAUUUGAAUAAGAAAAAUAUUAUUGAAUUUGAUGCGCAACUAAUUCUAAAAUCUUCAUUUCGCCUAUUGAAAACUCUUGUUUUGGAAAGAAGAAUCAGAGAGUCUGGCGUAGCAAGUAAGGAAGACGUGUCUCCGAAGAAUGAGAAUUAUUUAUCUGAAUCUGAUGACUCAUAUUUCUUAACAAAUGGAUUAGUUACAUGCUAUGUAAUAUGUUCGCUGGUAAAUUGUAUUUCUGAAUCAAAUGCUAAAACUAUCCAUGCUGUUACAAUAUCAACUAUUCAACAAAUCUAUGCGCUUGCCAGCAUUGGACAUUUAUCGGAUUCUCUUUCUAAAACACUCUCAAAGUCAUGCAAAGCAUCCUUAGCUGUGCUUAGUCUAUACCUUAAAGUUUUUGAUGACAGCUAUUUCUCCAAUAUAGUAUUGCUCCAUCAUGUGAUGCUUAUGUUGAAUGAGGAAUUCCUAGAUUUUCUGAGGGAAAUUACAGAAAACUUACAACUAGGAAUAUACUCCUCAGCCUUGGCUAGGCACUGCUUUGAAUGUUGUGAUCUUUUUGUGGGCACAUACAAUUCAAAAAGGAAUAUAACUACAACUAAAAGGAGCACAAUUGGUUGGCCAAUAUGCAGGAAUGUGGAAUUUAUCUGGGAGGAUGGAAUUCUUGUUAUGGAAACUAAUGAACAUGUAUUAGAUAUAUCAUACGAUGGCAUGAUGAUCGCUAAAGACCUUUUUAGUACUUUAGGUUCUGCAAAUUUUCAUUCGAGAAAUUCCAACCUUUCUCCCAUGAAUCUUGGUCAUGCUACAGAUUCUAAUCGAUUUUGGCUAACUCUAUCAUGUUCUGUAAACGAUACUGACCGUUUGUAUACUAUGGUUUGUGAUUUCAUAGAAUCUAUUUUCCUCUCUGUUUUUGUAAAUGAUCCACAUAUAUUACCCAGUAUAUUCUUUGAUUUUGUCAUAAACCUGCUGCCAUACACCUUACAUCGUGAUUAUAACAUCAGACACAAAGCUGGAAAAUUGAUGAAAAAUAUUUCAGAAAUUUAUUCUAAGGAGGAAUUUUCAUAUGAUAAACAUCUUAUCAAGGGGUUUCGUUCGAAUAUGCUUGCAAGCAUUGAUUUAUUUGAAAACCAUGAAUUUCCAAGAACAGUAACUUUAUCAUUGAAGAGUUUUUCAAAGUACUUGACACAAUCUAACGAAACUUUUUACGAACUACCCGAUUCUUUAACCAAAUUUUUAUCGAAUUAUGGUAAGGAUGAUCAAGAGUUUUUGUUUUUGCUCUUUUCACGCUGCUUAACCACAAAUCCACACGUAAUGUUGGAUCCCUCUGUGGUGAAGUGUUUAUGGAAUGCAUUAUCAAAUUCUAAGUCAACUUUCCUUUUUGGAGUAGAUAACAUUUUAUCAAGAAUUAUAAAGUAUUUAAGUGAAAAAAUUCCAAAAUUGGUGAAAGAGCCUAGAGAUUAUUUGGAUAUUCGUUCUACAAAACAUUUCAUUUCUCUGUUAUCAAUAACGACUGCAAUAAUAUCAACUGGAAAACUUUUUGACGACGAGAAAAUGCUAAUUUUCGGGAAAAGUAUAUGUCCCGAUAUAUUGAGAAUUACAAAGGCAUUAGGCUCUUUGAUGGAACCAACGCUCGAUGAUUCAGACACUAACCAGUAUGAUCACAUGCAUCCUAUUUUAUUUAUGUUGAAGGAUUGUACUUUGUUAUCAUUAUCUACUCUAAAAAAUGGUAUUUUUUGGAAGUUAUCCAAUAACGAGAAAAUAAAGCUGUUGAAGUUAUUUAUUGGAGUUUUUGAUAGUUUUGACAUGGUGAACAAUAUGUUAAUUAUAGAUUGGAUAUUCGAUGCUAAAAGUCAGAAACUUUUUUCACAGUUCCUAGCUUUCAUUUAUUCAUUAGAAGAAGUGCCUCACAGACCAACCGAAAUGAUCUUGUUGAAUACAAUGAAUAAAAUAGACUCUUUACAGGUGUUGGAAAAAAUAUUUAGUACAACGAUGGAUGCUGGAUAUGAUUCCCUUAGGACAGUGUUAAUAGCUUCUAAGAUAUUAUUAAAAUUGAUUCUAGGCACGAGUUUUAUCCAGACCAAGGUGCAAACAUUUGUUUUUACAUCUACAACAAAGCUUUUAAAAUUUGGAAUAGAUAAAGUAAAAGCAGGUGAAAUGUUAGAUCCAAUUUACGCAGAAAUAUGUAGCUAUUUGACCCUGCUCUAUUCAAGGAUAGAUAAGCUUGUACAAGAAGAUUCUCUAGUUCAGCCUACUCUUCUUGUUCCUCUGUUUGAUUCUGUUUGUCUGUUUAUGGAUUCCUUAUCGUCCUUGUUUGGAUCGUUGGUAUUUGUAGCUGUAAAGGGUUUUCUCAAGAAUAUGAUGGUCACGUUUAUAAAGUCUUGUGAAAAAACCUUAGAUUAUGGAAUAACUGCGGUUAUUUUUGCUUUAUCAAAAUCCUUUAAAAGUGAAAACACAAAUUUGUCGGUAGAAUCACUUUUUGAAAUAUCUUUUGCAAUUUUCGGUAAUGAUGACGACACCUCAAAAUCCGCACGCAAUCUAUGGAUAUCUUAUUCCACGUUUGUGUGCCUAACAUCUCCCAAGUUGCAGCCAGAGUUAACAAAUAUGAAAGUUCUUGAUCUAAUUGGUCAGCAUUCUGACAUAAUUUCCAUUGUUUCUAAUAUAGCCCAGUUAAGUAUGCUAGAUCUCUUGGAAUUUUCUGGAAUCAAACCCAUGUUUAAUCUGCCCACCAUCAAUAUUAACACGGAUGUCAAAAAUUCUGGUAAGGAUGUCAUCUUCCAAAAUCUUCUAAACAUUUUUACUUUUGUUCGUAUGGCAGUGGAAUCAUUUGGUGCAUUUGUUUUGGACUGUUCCUUAGAAUCUUUUAAUGACCACACUUCCCAAUCUUUUGGUUCAUACUUAUGCAUCUCUGAGCUUGUUUAUUGCUCGGUUUUUAUACUUUCUAUCCUGGAAAAUCUAACUUCUAAUCCCGUGUAUGUGAAAAAACGUAAGCAAGGAACAAGAAGUAUCAAAAUCAGUGUGCCUUCAGACCAAGACGUAUGCAAGCAAAUUUCUCGUAAAAUUGAGCAAUUAGUUACCAUCAUAUUUAGGCUAAAUUAUGCAUUCAGCUAUACAAGGAUAGCUUGUCAAUCAAUAAAGUUGUUUUUCAACCUUAAGGUUAAUUUAGAUCGAAAAAUGCUUGAUACCAUAUGGGUGAAAGAUGUAAUUGAUGAUCUCUCCAAGUGUAGAAUUAUCACUUGUUACCUAACAUAUAUUCUACAGUUUUUAAAUAAUAUUACAAAGCACAAGAAAUCUAAAUUUGAGUCUCAAAAACUUUCAAAGGAGUUUGAGAUGUUAAAUUCGGAUAUUUCAAUGAUUUUGCUCUAUCUAUUUGAAUGUGGCUUGUUUAAAGAGGAUAAAAGUAAGGACACAGAUAUAUCAAAAUUUAAAGGAGAAAUUUGGACAUAUUUUAUUAAUUUCCCACCAAUUUCCCUAAAUUCAAUUAAAAACUUAAUGCGAAUAAUAUCAUUAGUUAUAGAGCAGUCUCUUUCGGAUGUAAAAAGUAUAAAGGCUUCUCCAUGGAUUUAUAGUGAUAUUAUUUACAUAAUAAAAACCAUAGCACUACUUGAUCACCAAGAAUUUUUUGGUUGCAUGAAAAUUGAUGAGGUUUCUACCCUAUUAAUAAACGUCAACUCAAUCCUGCUUUCUGACAGAAGAUUAGAUGUCGUUUCUUGUAGGUUGUUUUUUCUGGUUUUAUUGGCUUUUCAACGAUCUUUUGGAAAUAUUUUGGGUAACGAAUUCCAUAAAUCAGUAAUAUCUCUAGUGUUUAACUAUAAAAACUUACUUUCUUCUGAAACAGCGCAGUCAUUUAGUUUAGAUAAGGAACAAAUUAAUAAUAAAUCAAUACGGGAAACUUGUGACAGUAUCUACUUAGAUAUAAUUAGACACAAUACAGAAACUCUCUUGGAAAUGAUAAACAAAAAUACACACGAUGCGGUUAGUAUAAAGGGGACAAACUAUAACAUAAUGCUUAUGUUGACUUAUUAUUCUAGUGCUUACAUUAAAUCAAGCUCUUUGAUUAAAAUAUUUUUGAAUUUGGAUGAAACUGAUCAGCUUACAGUAAUGGAAAGAUAUGGGAAACUUAUGAUUAUGCUCAUAGUAAAUCUUCAUUUCAACAAGAUAAAGGAAAAAUACGCGAAAGUUUUUGAGAAAAAACAUGCUAUCAUUCUAAAUCAUUACAUUACUGCUUUGUCCGAGUUUAUUAGUGAACAUAAAUUUGGAAAAGGAAAAUCGUAUACUGAAAUCGUAUCUAGUCUUGGCAAAUAUUUUGCUACACAAGACGAUUUGACAAACUAUAAUACUAUCUUCUCAUCUUCUAUUUUCAAAAUGUUAACUGACAAAUCAAAUGCAGUUGUUGUUUUUCAGGACCUGUUUAUUUCAUUUAGUAUGAAAUUUGCUAGUCGAAUUACAACCAAAGAUCUCUUUAAAGUAAUAGAAACGCACACAAAGUUGUUGAACACAAAAGCCCUUAAUGCAGAUUAUAAUGUGACUAAUGCCAAGGACAUAAGUAAAAGUCUAGGCGAAUACGCUAGCAGCAGUCUUUUCCUGCGUGUGUUGGUCAUGUCUAUGAGAAAAUAUGGAAAAUUUGGAACUACACAAUAUAUAACACCUAGGGUUUAUCAGAAUGUAAAUGAGAUUCUUUCUUAUUCUCUCAAAAUCGCAAGAAUGAUUAAAUCAUCUGGAGUAGAACUUAAGAUGGAUAAUUCAUGGAUAUGGAUCAACAAUUCUAUAUUGGCAUUAUUGUUCAUGCAGGAAUCGGUUAAAACGUGGAACUCUGAUAAAAGCUCCGUGCCUGAUUUGUGUAUUAACUCAUGGAUAUGUCUAAUCGAAGAAUGUCUCUCCCUCUUUGAAAUUUUACCAAUAUACCCAGAAGAUAGGGGAUCUUCCCAACACAUCACUUUCGUCUGGUUAUAUACACUUGAAAAUACACUGAAAGAACUCAUUGAAAAUUGCACAAACGAUGAAAAGGUUGUUAAAAUCGAAGCGUGCUUAUCGCAUAACUUAGCAAGGCGUGAUAACAAUACCAAAGUUGGAAUUUUAAUUAUUCUAAAUAACCUAUGGGAACACUCAAGUAUUCAUUUAUCCGCAACAUUAAAAAAUUUAAUGCCAGAAAUUGGCGAACUUGUGGAUGAUGAAACUGAAGUCGUGAGAGCUUAUGCUCAAUGUCUAAAUGAGAAAAUUAACUCACUAGCGUCAUUUACCAAUUAA